UUUCUCCCCCUUUCUCUACCGUCUCUGUCUCUCCCUGUCCAAAGCUCUCUCUCUCUUCUUACCUUCAAAAUUCCACUGCAAUCAAACACAUCCAAUCAAAGGUCCAACUGAAAAUCACAAAAUCAGAAGCCACCAUUUCUCCCAACUACUGCCGAGAUCCAGGUCGCCGCCGCCGAUUGACCAUGGCGGAGAAGGCGGCGCGUGCCUUCGGCGGAGAUCUGGGCAACGCCAAGUUCAAUUUCCCCAACAAUCCGCCCAAGAUCGAGAUCCAGGUCGCCGAUGCCCGCUUUGCCCAUGCGUCCACCGGCGCCGAGACCUCGGUCGACGAUCUCGACUCCCAGUCGAACUCGCUCUCAUCGUCGGAGGCGCUGCAGCACGCUGAGUCGCCGUGCCCGUCGGUCUCCGAAAGGUUGCAGACGACGGCAGGGGUUCGCUGCUGCUCGCCGGAAGUCAAAGGAGGUAGAGUCGAGGGAGAGAAUCGUGGCCACAAUUUGGGGCCUAGGGUUUCAGGCGGCGCUGCUGCUUGAUAUACAAGCGGCGACGACUGAAAUUAGGGCUCGCCGGCCGCUGCAGUCGCCGAGAAUUGAGGGCGAGGCAACAGCGGCGGCCAGCCGCUGCUGUCAGCCGGACGUUUGAGAAGGCGGUGGCUGUGCGUGUGUAGGGGAAGAUGGAGAUAGAUAAAGGGUGAGAGGUGAGAGUCGUGGGUGGCCGGAGAGGCGGCAACCUUCACCGGGGAGUGAGGAGGCGCUGCCGCCAGUCUGUGUCGGCAAGUGUGUGUGUAUGUUGUUGUGUUUGAUUGCGUGUGUAUGUGUGUGUUUGUGGAAGAAGGAUAUUACU